CAUUUUGUUUGUUUAUCUAUAAUAAAUAACAAUUGUCGUCUUAAACGAUACCACAAGUCUACAGUUAAAUAGACAUAAGCAGAACAUGAAAAUUAUGUCCAAACGUGUGUAAAAACAUCUAACACCAGGACAUCUAUUUUUUCAUAUAAAGAUGUAUACGAUAAACGUCCUAGUAAUCGUUUUCCUGUGUAUCGGAUUAUGUCAGGGAUAUUUUAAAAUAAUAGCAGAUGAUGGGGAUUUAACAUGUAGACCUAGUGGUGUGGAAUGUCUAACCGCAUCUACUUUUACCACUUGUACGAAUAUUGGCAGCGUCACAUCUUUACAUGCAAUCUUGCGUUGUCCUGAUGGCUAUCACUGUGAUGAUUCUACAUCUAUACCGUGUAAACCAUCGACAGAAGGUUCAACAACAAGCAGUACAAUUACUAGUAGUUCCACUGAAAUUUCAAGUAGUACAUCGACAAGAACAACUGAUACGCCGAACUCAACAAGUUCAACGAUAACUUCAUCCAGUACAGAAGAAGACAUUACUACAUCAAGUACUGUAAUAGACACAAGUACAACGAAGAAAAAAGUACCAAGACCUUCUGGUCCGCCACAAUGUACUGCAGUUGGCCUUUAUCCUGCUCCUCGGUGUAAUCAGUAUUACGAAUGCGUACAAAGUACUUAUUUGAUUUUCUGGACAACCUAUACAGCAGAAUUAAGAACGUGCAUAGAUGGCGAUUACUAUGAUACCGAACGAAAACAAUGCAUUUUGGCCUCUUUAAGUGAUUGUGAAUAAGCAUAAAUAUUAUAAUGUAUUUAACUAAUUUUGAAUACAUACACAUAAUUAAGAAUCAUAUUUGUAGUAGUAAAAUUUUAAAUUUAAAAAUAUAUAAAAAAAUAAGUAGAAAUAUCGAAAUGAUUUUUAAUAAUAUAGCAUUAAAAUAAAAAAGACAUCCACAUAAA